GGCGAGGCGGGCCCGCGAUACAGCAAGGAGAAAAGGGACGCCAUCUCGCUGGCCAUCAAGGACAUCAAAGAGGCCAUCGAGGAGGUGAAAACCAGGACCAUCCGUUCGCCUUACACCCCCGACGAGCCCAAAGAGCCUAUCUGGGUCAUGCGCCAGGACAUUAGCCCCACGAGGGAUUGUGACGACCAGAGGCCGGUGGAUGGAGAUCAGAUGGCCCAGAAAUUAGCCAAAAGCAGAAAGAAGGCUCCUGAAGGUGAAUCUCAGCCAAUGACCGAGGUGGAUCUCUUCAUUUCGACCCAGAGAAUCAAAGUACUGAACGCCGACACACAGGAGACGAUGAUGGACCACCCUCUGAGGACCAUCUCCUAUAUAGCAGACAUCGGGAACAUUGUCGUGCUGAUGGCCCGCAGGCGGAUGCCCCGUUCCAACUCCCAGGAGAACGUGGAAGCCUCCCACCCAUCCCAGGAUGGAAAAAGGCAGUACAAGAUGAUCUGCCACGUCUUUGAGUCUGAGGAUGCCCAGCUGAUCGCACAGUCCAUUGGGCAGGCAUUCAGCGUGGCGUACCAGGAAUUCCUCAGGGCCAAUGGGAUCAACCCUGAAGAUCUCAGCCAGAAGGAGUAUAGUGACCUGCUCAACACCCAGGACAUGUACAACGAUGACCUGAUCCACUUCUCCAAGUCGGAAAACUGCAAAGAUGUCUUCAUAGAGAAGCAGAAAGGAGAAAUCCUAGGUGUGGUGAUUGUGGAGUCUGGCUGGGGGUCCAUCUUGCCAACCGUGAUCAUAGCCAACAUGAUGCACGGAGGGCCCGCCGAGAAAUCAGGGAAGCUGAACAUCGGGGACCAGAUCAUGUCCAUAAACGGCACCAGCCUGGUGGGCUUGCCUCUGUCCACCUGCCAGAGCAUCAUUAAGGUACCUGGAAGUGGGAGAAGAUGA